AAACGGGACUUCGCUCAGAAAAAAAAGACUGAAAUAGAAUAAAAUUAUUGACGAUUUAUAAAUUAUUAGGAAAAAUGAAAAUUCUCGAAUUAUUCAUGUUUUUAAGCAUAAACGAUAAGGCUUCGAGAAUGAAGCGAAAGGGAAAUGAAAGCUGGGGUGCCUCUGAACGGGGCCCCACGCGCAGGUCUAGGAAUCCGCCCUGGCUGUCGAAAGCGACAUUUUGUAAAUUGUACGUUGUACGUUCGUUUGCUUGUGACUUCGGUGACCUCCGCUUCCUCUUUCUCGAUUCCUAAAAGAUUUAAAGUUAAUUGUUGGCUUGAAAAGUAAGGUUGCCCCAUUUUCGGCGUUAAUGACGCAUUCAUUCGCUGUGAAAUUAUAAUAAUAUUAACAAUAACUAUUGAAGAUGGAAGACUCGUGGAGAAGCUACGCGACCGUUUGCCGAUUAUGCAUGCAAAAAGAUGGAUUCAUGCUGGGUAUUUAUAAUAAUGUGCAAGGGAAAGAUAAGAGCAUUUCCAAAAAGAUCGUCGAUUGUACGGCCCUGUCGGUCUGUCAAGGUGACGGCCUCCCAAACGUCGUAUGCCACAGGUGCCUGUUCAAGAUCGAAUUUUGUCUGGAAUUUCGUCAAAUGUGUUUCAUAUCAGAUGCCACUUUGCGGCAAUUAAGCGGCUUAGCCAAGGCCACUUGCAUCAAUGACAAGGAACAGAAUCAAAUGACUUUAUAUGAUCAAAUGGUCAAUGGAGAUGACGAAAAUAUUGUUAUGGUGGUAGAUCCGAACUCGAUGGACUACGAAUCAGAAUAUGAGUCAGACACGAGGCAUAGCGAUGUGGAUCCCAAUGAAUUGGAAGGGAAAAAUGUAUCGAUGUGUCGCUUUUGUGAUCACGCCUUUACCGACAAAGCAGAAUGUACGGAGCACGAGUCAAAUUCUCACAACUCGGAUAGACCGUACAAUUGUUCGAUUUGCGUGAUGAGUUUCGGCGAUCGCCUCGUUUAUUCCGCUCACAUGAAAAACGUACAUAAAAAUGAUAAACCGUAUAAUUGUCCGCAGUGCGACCGCACUUUUGCCAGGAGGUCUGACUUGAGGAAACACACUAUUGUGCAUACAGGUGUAAAGCCGUAUACUUGCAGCGUCUGCUUAAAAUCCUUCUCUAGAAACACGAAUUUAUCGAAGCACAUGCGAAUCCACUCGGGGACGAAACCUUUUGUAUGUCCGAAGUGUCCUAGGACGUUUACAUCCAGGGGGGAUUUGAAUAGGCAUGCCAUGGUGCAUACGGGACAAAAGCCGUUCAGGUGUAAUUUUUGUAAUAUGUCAUUCGGAAGAAAAGACAAAUUAUUCAGGCACGAGAAACGUCACUGGCCACAAAAUAUGAAAGAUAAGUCAAAAGACUUGCAAAUAAGUCGAGACGGAAUUGGUUUGCCUGAAUUUAAUAACGACGUGGUCAAAGACCAGGAAAAGUCAGAAGAAAAUAUGGUCAUAAAUUUGGACCCUUUUAACCAUAGUGAAUUUAAUCACAGCGAAAGUAGUUUGAAUCGGUCACCUCAGAAGAAUGAUUACGACGGUAUAGAUAGAGUGAAUAAUGAAGAUUCACCAAGUAAAUUCAGUGAAAACCAUACCACAGAUGAUAGUUUGAGUAGCAGUAGAAGUCCUGAGGCAAAUAAACCCCAUAAAUGUAAAAUUUGUUCGAGAAGCUUUUCUACUCCGGAUAAUUUAAAGUACCACAUCUCUAGACAUUCAGGAAUCCGACCGUUUUGUUGCCACAUCUGCACGAAAUCCUUCAUCCGCAAACGCGAAUUGGAUCGUCACGUGGUCACCCAUACUGGAUUGAGGCCAUUCAAAUGCAUGAAAUGUCCGAAAAGUUUUGGUAGAAAAGACAAAUUGGUGCGACACGCACGCAUUCAUGACCGAAGAGCUGGCGACACAACUCCCUCCGAGAAGUUGUUCAUCAGAAAGCCGAUCUUUUUACAACAGCAACAACAACAGAAAAAUCUUGAAACGAAUACGUAAAUGAGUUUUCUGUUUUUGAAUAUAAAUGAAAUCCGUUUAGUUUGUAGUUACGUUUUUUACUGCUCAUUGUUUUUAAUUAGCAUGUUAUCUAUUAUUUGUAAUGAUCAUUGAAUUUUAUUGUAAUAAAUGGUUUAUUUAUGA